AUGAAGUCAUUUGUUCUCGUCUCCGCCUUGGCGGCUUUCGCUUCUGCGACCCCUACUCUGAAGGAUCCCCCCAGCAAGCGCGCUUCUCUCCCCACAGUCACUGCCUCCGGCAAUGCUUUCUGGACUGGCAACGAGCGAUUCUACCUCCGAGGUAUCGACUACCAGCCCGGUGGUGCCGCCGCCAACGAGGAUCCUCUGGCCGACCCCAAGGUCUGCAAGCGUGAUAUCAAGUACUUCAAGGAGCUUGGCGUCAACGUUAUCCGUGUCUACGCUGUCGACAACAAGGGUGACCACGAUGAGUGCAUGACGGCCCUCGCCGAAGCCGGCAUCUACCUUGUUCUCGAUGUCAACAACCCCAAGUACUCCAUCAACCGUGCCAAGCCCGGUCCUUCUUACAACGCCGCCUACAUCCAGAGUGUCUUCGCCACUGUCGAGAUGUUCGCCCAGUACGACAACACCCUCGCUUUCUUCUCUGGUAACGAGGUCAUGAACGACGAGAAGGACACCGACAAGUCUGCUCCUUACGUCAAGGCCAUCACCCGUGAUAUGCGAAAUUACAUCAAGGCUCGCAAGCUCCGAAAGGUCCCCGUCGGAUACUCCGCCGCCGAUGUUUCCUCCAACCGCAUGCAGACUGCCCACUACAUGAACUGCGGUUCUGAAGACGUCCGAUCCGACUUCUUCGCUUUCAACGACUACUCUUGGUGCAACAGUGACUUCGAGACUUCUGGCUGGGACGUCAAGGUCAAGAACUUCACCGACUACGGUAUCCCCAUUUUCCUGUCUGAGUACGGUUGCAUCAAGAACCGCCCUCGUAAGUUCGGGGAGUUGGAGCCCAUGAUGGGCAAGGAGAUGUCCUCGGUCUACUCUGGUGGUAUCAUGUACGAGUACUCCCUCGAGGACAACGACUACGGUAUUGUCCAGAUCAAGAGCGGCAAGGUCACGCCCGACAAGGAGUUCGACCUUUUCAAGUCUGCCCUCAAGGAGUACCCCAUGCCCACUGGUACCGGUGGUGCUGCCAAGUCUUCCCACGGCGUUGAGUGCCCCAAGUCCGAGUCCGUCUGGCAGGUCGACCCCAGCUACCUCCCUGAGAUGCCCGCCCAAGCUGAAAAGUACAUGAAGGACGGUGCUGGAAAGGGCCCUGGUAUCGACGGCGCGGGCUCCCAAGACGACGCCGACAGUGGUACUGCCACUGCCAGCGUCGCUGUUGGUACCUCUACCGGUUCUUCCGGCUCAUCCGGCUCCGACGACAAUGAUGAUGACAGCGGUGCUGCCAGCCUCGGUUUCGGUGCUCUCUACAUCACCGCUGCCGCCACUGCCUUCACCCUCUUCGGAACCCUUCUUCUGUAA